ACUGCUUGACUUUAUUAAAUCCUCCCCCAAUGAUCAUUGCUUUUACUCAUCUUAUUUAUGACCUGUCGCUGCUGUUAUCUGCAUUUUGUUCAGAYUUACAAAUUCAAGUAAAUUCAGACAAAAGCAACGAWUGCAGGUCCCCACAGAGGUGGCGGCUAAAAUGUCCACUUUCUCUAAAGAACACAGCCAUUGCAUUUAAUUAGGCAUAGCAAAUGUGAGAUUUAUUUGUGCAGAAUAAAAGCCCCCAAAAAGCCUCAUCUGCAGAUAAACUGCUAGAAGUGCCGUUUAAUAAUCCUGCUUCUCUGGUUUGCCCUACCACUUCUCUCCAGUCCCGCUGUAACAGCGUGUGAUGGCAGUGCUUUAUAGAUCCCUUCCACUUAAAAUGCAAAUAUUUCCCAAGGUGAGUAAGAUGCUGGGAUAUUUAAUGCACUUAAUAUAGACACAAAGACUGUUGUGGAAGCAGGAAGUAGAUCAAAGAGGUGGGGCACUGUGAUUGGCUAAUCAUGUCUCAUUGUUUCGGCCAUUAUUUUCCUCAACUUUUAAUUUUUCCCUCUUAAGGAUCAUUGAGCAAGGCAAUUACAUGGAGCUGACCUUGUGUAUUAAAGCAGGAGAGGAGGACAGGGAAGAUGUCCCAUCACAUCCUUCUUUCUUUUUUUUUUAAUUGUCUCUCACAACAAUAUAAAAAAGUGCGGGCGUCGGAGUCACUACCCCUCUUCCAGCACCGCCGCCCCUUUCCCCUCCUCUGUGGUUGAAAAUGAGUCAACGGAAUAUUAAGUUCCCGGCAUUAGAAUAAACACGUCGCGUGUUAAAUCAAAAUCCAAUUCUGUGGUCUAUUAUUUUCUGGCAUAGUAAUGACUGCCAAGGAUUAGGAAUCAAUAUUUCACUGCAGCGGGGACAUUACCGUCUUUAUUCAGGCCGUAAUUGAGUUUUGAGGAGAGGCCCUGCCCUGGAAUCUGCAUUAGAGAUAAGGGCUGCUGUUCAUGGAGGCCAUUACACCUCGGCUUCAAAUCCCUCAACCUUGCAACAUAUUAGCCUUACUACACUGUAACUAAUACAUACGCGCUCAUAAGUUAGAAUUGACUGUUGCUGACCUGGCCUAACUGUAGGAAGCACUCGCUCCUAGCUAAUCUGUAUUUACACCUGUCAGUAAAGUAUGAGUUCUAUUGCUGAGCAGCUACUAACUGUGUGGGGUUAGCUAUGUGUAAACAAAUUAAAAUCCGAAACGUUGAGCUGGCGCGUGCUUCCCGAUGCUUUUCUCCUGCCAGGACAGAGAAAUGUCCCGGGCCGCACCGCCCCACGCGCGCACCAGCCAGAUAAUAGCCUAUUAGCGCAAGUGGGAUUAAUUUGUAGCCAAUUACAAGGCGUGAGUUGAAAGGGAAUGCAUAAAUAAGGAGAGAGACCGGCGCACACACAGUGUGAGCGUGUGUGUGUGUGUGUGUGAUAGAGGGUCCUCUAGGGGCCGGCUGUAAGCCAAAGAGGGUGUUGAAAGCUCGAACGGGGGAGAGAGAGCGCGAGAAACAAGAGGCGACGGGGAGGAGAGAGGGAGCUACUCAAAACUGAAGGAGCGGAAGAGAGCGCGAGCUGGUUCGAGCUGCUCGCGCAGAGAUACAUCAGCGUCCGUCCCGCCCCCAGCUACUGUCAGGCUUCCAGAGCGCGCGCCCUGCGGUCACCGCACAGAGGUCGAACUCUGUGUGCUGCCUAUGCGUGCGUGUCAUCACGGGCUAACUGCCACGCGCCGUGACUCUGGAGAAGUUCUGCUGAAGCGGAGAAGGAUGCAGCCGAAAGAACCGGAGACACACGGGCAGAGAGAAGAAGUUUAAAGUUUGAGCGGACAAAAAGUAGCCUCCAGUCAGGCUUAAAGCUUCUCACCUGUCCACACUUCCGGACUGUCCAUGGAAAACCUCCAAAAGCAGAGAACUCCACCUCAGGCUGGACGUGAACGGGACUCAUGAGCUGCUGGCCUGUCGUGUGAAGUUUAUCCUCUGAAAUGAAUAUCAUAUAACCGUUUUAAAUCCAACUGGACUCAAUUUGUUAUAUGGGAAGGAGGGAGUAAAGUGAUGAACCGAGACAGAGGCGCGGCAUCCGGGCCUGGAUCGGACGGGCUCCAGACGGUUAUGGGACGGGACAGAGCCGCAGCAGGAGGGCCCGUGGUGGACACACUCCAGCCCGCAAUGAGUCGGGACAGACCGGGGAGCGGGGACGGGGUUCAGACGAUGGUGGGCCCAGAGAGCGGGGAGAUGUUGGACGCAGGCGCCGCCGCGGAAAAGCGGCUCUUUUCAGUGGCCGCAAGCAGAGAUCCUCAGGCAGUAGAGAACCACACGGAGCCCCCGCCGGUGCUAGCUCCGCCACAACAGGGCCUCGGCCACCGUACCACCUCCUUCUCAGUCCUGGACAUCUUGGACCCCAACAAGUUCACGAGCAACCGGCGACACACGUCGCUGUCGCAGCACGUGAGCCACCACGUGGAGCGCGAGCUGAUCGCUUGCGAUGCGGAGAACCGGAGAGCAGGGCCAGGGGAGCGCGAGCUCAGCAGCCUGGAGCCCAGCAAGAGUUGCUACGUCGCAGAGGAAUACCAGAGCAAGGACAGUUUUGUAUACCGAAGUCCAGAUGAGGAGGACUAUCACCGCUCUGGGACUCCAGACUCUGAGGGUCCGGAUGGGAUCUACAGCAGCGAGGAGAGCAGCUCUGCUCUGCCUAGCAACGGAGACAGAGAGAUGGGCCAGCACGGCCACUCUGACCCCAGCAGAGACACAAAGAGCCCUGGUGGAGGGCCCCCCGCUCAGAUCAGCAGCGGUCAGACCAACGCAGGGCAGGGCACCAAGCCCAAGAGGAAACGCUCCGGCUCGGACUCCAAGUCAGGGAAGCCCCGCAGGGCCCGGACUGCCUUCACCUAUGAGCAGCUGGUAGCGCUGGAAAACAAAUUCAAGUCCACACGCUACCUGUCGGUGUGCGAACGCCUCAACUUGGCCCUGUCCCUGUCCCUCACCGAGACCCAGGUCAAGAUCUGGUUCCAGAACCGCCGGACAAAGUGGAAGAAGCAGAACCCUGGAGCCGAUACCUCAGCCCCCACGGCGGGGGGAGCCGGAGGAGCAGGGGGCGGAGGUGGGGGAACAGGGGGAGGCCUGGGCAGCCUGAGUCCUCUGAGCCCAUCUCCUCCGGUCAGUGGCCACCUGGCCAUGCACGCUGGCUACGCCGGACACCACCACCCCCCCACAGGAAGCCUGGUGCAGCUGCCUUUCCUCACCGCCAGCCAUGUCCUGUCUCCAUUCAUGCUGGGAACUCAGAGCUACGCUGCACCUGCCUUCUACAGCACACACCUGUAAAGCCACACAGUGAACUGCAGAGCAGCAAACCUUUUUACUACCAAUACCUGAAGACUUUAAAUCAGUGGAUUAUUUUGAUAGAUUGUGAAUAUGAACCAGAACUUGUACAUAACUCUAUGUUGUAGCUUCCUCUGAAUGCUAUCUGGGCCUGCGUGAUAGACCAAGAAUUGAGUUCUUUCUUUUUAUUUGAUUUCACGUCUGUACAAAUACUGAAUGUUUAUUUAAGAUGUAAGGAAUGGCUUGAUCUAUUGUCAGUACUGUGUAAUUCCAGCUGUGAUCGUUUUCAUUUCCCUUAUUUAUUGAAUUUGUUCCAGUUCCUAUGAAAUCCCUGGAUGUACCAAAUCCUCAGCCCAACAUGACACUGUCCUUUGAUAUUAAA